CAACUCAUGUUUUAUCUGUUUUUCCAUUCGUACCAUUCCCCUUCCUGUUUUUUCCACACCACAUUCUUGGCAGCUUCAAUUGCAUUACCCUCUUCUCUUUCUCUUUCAAUUAUCAUGAACAACAACAAUAAUUAUCAAUAAUAAUCACAUCUAUAAUAAAAGGAUUGACGAGAAGUGUCAAUGGCAUCGAAACAAGGAGUGAAAUCAAAACGAUUCGGAUCGAUUGGCGCAAAAGGUGCGAAUUCACCUUCUUCUUCAACCACUUCGUCUUCUAAACAGUUUCACGAAACCUCCAACGAUGCUCAGAGCUCGCCGGCGUCUUCGUCGGUGAGAAGUAAGCCGCAGCAAUUUUAUCCGGAAGCCGCCGCGCCUGUGGAUACUCAAAAAACUAAAGAAAAUGUUACUGUGACGGUUAGGUUUCGGCCUUUGAAUCCAAGGGAAAUUCGUCAUGGCGAGGAGAUUGCUUGGUAUGCAGAUGGAGACACUGUAGUGCGGAAUGAGUAUAAUCCGUCCAUAGCAUAUGCCUACGAUCGUGUCUUUGGUCCCACGACCACAACUCGUCAUGUCUACGAUAUUGCGGCUCAGCAUGUUGUUAGUGGUGCUAUGGAGGGCAUCAAUGGUACAGUGUUUGCAUAUGGGGUAACAAGCAGUGGGAAGACUCAUACAAUGCAUGGUGAUCAAAGAUCUCCUGGAAUCAUACCUCUUGCUGUGAAGGAUACUUUUAGCAUUAUCCAAGAGACUCCAAACCGAGAGUUUCUCCUUCGAGUUUCGUACUUGGAGAUCUACAAUGAGGUGGUUAAUGACUUAUUAAACCCAGCAGGUCAGAACUUAAGAAUCAGAGAGGAUGCUCAGGGCACCUUUGUUGAGGGAGUUAAGGAAGAGGUUGUACUCUCCCCUGCUCAUGCACUAUCUCUUAUUGCAGCUGGAGAAGAGCACAGACAUGUUGGGUCCACAAAUCUCAACUUACUCAGCAGCAGGAGCCAUACAAUAUUUACCCUGACCAUAGAGAGCAGUCCAUGUGGUGAAAAUAGUGAAGGAGAAGCAGUAACACUGUCACAAUUGAACCUCAUUGAUCUAGCAGGUUCAGAGAGUUCAAAAGCUGAAACAGUUGGCAUGAGAAGGAGGGAAGGAUCAUAUAUCAAUAAAAGUCUUCUAACUCUUGGAACUGUUAUUUCAAAAUUGACUGAAGCUAAAGCUAGUCACAUACCAUAUAGAGACUCCAAAUUGACUAGAGUGCUUCAGUCUUCUCUCAGUGGUCAUGGACGUGUAUCUCUCAUUUGCACAGUAACUCCUUCAUCAAGUAGCAGUGAAGAGACACACAAUACAUUGAAGUUUGCUCACAGGGCAAAGCACAUUGAAAUACAAGCAGCACAAAACAAGAUUAUUGAUGAGAAGUCGCUUAUCAAGAAAUACCAACAAGAGAUUCAAUGCUUAAAGGAAGAAUUGGAACAAUUAAAGAAGGGCAUUGUCACAGUUCAGCCAAAAGACACUGGGGAUGAUGACAUUGAGCUCCUAAAACAAAAGUUAGAAGAUGGUCAAGUUAAGUUGCAAUCCAGAUUGGAACAAGAAGAAGAAGCUAAAGCUGCUUUGUUAGGUAGAAUUCAACGAUUGACUAAGUUGAUUUUGGUCUCCACAAAAGCAUCACAGCCAACGAGAUUUCCUAACAGGCCUGGUCCACGUAGAAGACAUUCCUUUGGAGAAGAAGAGCUGGCAUAUCUUCCGUACAAAAGGCGGGAUUUAAUAUUAGAAGAGGAAAACAUUGACUUAUAUGUUAAUCUGGAGGGGAAUGCUGCAACAGCUGAUGAUUCUUUAAAAGAGGAGAAAAGGACAAAGAAACAUGGACUACUAAAUUGGUUGAAAUUACGUAAACGGGAAAGUGCCUUGACAGGCACUAGUGAUAAAUCCAGUGGAGCAAAAUCCACCAGCACACCUUCUACACCACAAGCGGACAAUUGUAUCCAUACGGAGUCCAGACUUUCGCAUUCUCCAGCUGUGGAAAGCUCUCCAUCUGCUGAUCUUAUAUCAGAGGCAAGAGAGGAUAAAGAUAUUCAUGAGGAUAGUUUAUUGGGACAAGAGACACCUUUGACAAGCAUCAAAUCAGUUGAUCAAAUUGAUCUUCUGAGGGAGCAGCACAAGAUUUUAUCUGGAGAAGUGGCACUUCAUUCAAGUGCAUUAAAGAGGCUGACUGAGGAAACAAGAAGAAAUCCUCAAAAUAGUCAGACUCAUGUUGAGGUGAAAAGGUUGAAAGAUGAAAUUAAGGAAAAGAGAGAGCAAAUGGAUUUACUGGAAAAGCAAAUGUCUAAUUAUUUCAUAGCUUCAGAUCAGACAGAUCAAUCAGGAGUAUCACAGGCGCAGACUGCUGAGCUGAGGGCCCAAUUAAAUGAGAAAUCCUUUGAACUUGAGGUCAAAGCAGCAGACAACCGUAUAAUUCAAGAACAGCUUAGUCAGAAGAUAUGUGAAUGUGAAAGCCUGCAAGAAACAGUUGCCUCUUUGAAACAGCAACUGGCAGAUGAAAUAGAGUUGAGGAAUUUCAGCCCUGUACCCAAUCAUUCACAUCAUAUCCCGGUAACCAAGGAUUAUCACGCUGAACUUCACCUUGAAAAAGGAAACAUAAACAGUACCAAUGAAGGGAUUCUUUUGCAAGCACAGAUAAGUGAGAUAAAAGAACUGAAGCAGAAGGUGGCAGAACUAACAGAAUCAAAAGACCAGCUCGAAAUUAGGAAUCAGAAACUAGCAGAAGAGAGUUCAUAUGCUAAAGGUCUAGCUUCAGCUGCUGCUGUUGAGCUUAAGGCACUGUCCGAAGAAGUUGCCAAACUCAUGAAUCAUAAUGAGAGAUUAGCUGCUGAGCUAGCAUCCAAGAACUCACCUACUCCACGUAGAACUGGUGGGACAGUCCAAAAUGGAAGAAGAGAAAGUAAUGUUAGACAACGACGGAGUGAUCAGGGUGGAUCAAACUCAGAUGUCAAGAGAGAACUAGCCUUGAGUAAAGAUCGGGAACUUUCAUAUGAAGCUGCUCUUUUAGAGAAAGAUCAGAAAGAAGUCGAGCUUCAAAAAAAGAUUGAGGAGUCAAAGCAAAGAGAAGCAUACCUGGAAAAUGAACUUGCCAACAUGUGGGUUCUUGUGGCAAAGCUAAAAAAGUCACAAGGAGCAGAAACUGAUGUUUCAGGGUCGAUUAAAGAGAGUUUGCAAUUCAAUGGUUUUGACAUUUGAUGUGAUUUGUACAGUGGCUUUUGAGUUGAUCAAUUAUUACAAUUUGCUUUAAAUAGGAAUGGCUUGAGGGAAAGGCGUGUAAAGAUUGUUGUUAGCAGGAAAGUUUGUUUUUCGCUUCCCCUCCAUCACCUUCCUUUUUAGUCCAUAGCUAGGGUUUCUCAUUUGUAUAUCCAAAGUUCCAAAUGUCGCUUCCUUUUCUCCAUCAUUCUUUCCUAAGUUCCAACAAAUGUUGUGCUGCUUUGAUCUCUUUUAUGAGCAGAGCUAAUUUGGUUUGUAUCUCUAGGCACAAUGUUUAAAGCAUACGAGAAAGUAAAGCUUCAAAUGUGCAUUAACAGGGAAGUUCCAUUUGCA